AGGGCGAAGUACGUGUGGCAGGCGGAGUGUCUGUCUGGGGCUGGGAGCAGCAGCAGCAGCGAGGGGAGGGUCUGCGGCUUGACGUAGCUGCAGCAGCAGUCUCGGCCUCUCCGGGAGUGACUGUGUGUGCGCGCCUCGCUCGCCUCGCUGCUCCGGCCACCGCUCGGGAUUGUUGUUGUUGCCGGUUGUCUCUGGCUCAGGCAGCCCAGCACGGCCAGGAGUGGAGGGGCAGGAAUGUGAACAGUUUGUGUCGGGGCUGCGUGCGUGCGGGGGUUUCCGUGUCAGCCCUGCCACCACCAGCAUCCUCAUCAGCUGGCUCUGUUGUCAGGCAAGGAGGAAAUUGCAACAUCUGGGCGGUCACUCUGGGAAUGCAACAUCGGCUUCCUCCUUCACCCGAGUGGAUCACUUUGGAGGUGGAAAUACUUCUGCAGUCGAGCCAGAGGGUCCAUUUUAUAACUGACUGUUGAAAGUGGAAGAGGAGGGGGUGGGGUAGGGAUAAAGGCUGUUUUCCCCCCUUGGGAUUUAUUUCAUGGGGAUGUGUUCAAGACAAGAGAGGAUUCAGAAGGAUAUUGACAUUGUGAUCCAAAAGUGCAAGGCGGAGAAGGACUGCCUGUUUGUAGAUUUCAGGUACUCAGACUCCACCUUUACCUUCACCUAUAUUGGAGGCUCCAAAAGCAUAUCCUAUUCAGUACAUGUCUCAGAGGAUUAUCCAGAUAACACAUAUGUUUCCAGUUCAGAUAAUGAUGAAGAUGUGUUAGUUACAACAGAGGCAAUCCCAGUAAUUUUCCAUAGAAUUGCAACAGAAUUAAGAAAAACCAGUGAUGUUAACUGUUGCUUAUCUAUAAAAUCAAAAUUACAGAGGGAAAAUGGAGAGGAGUCGAGGCACAAUAGUGCAGUUGAAGAAGAUUCUGAAGGAGAUAAUGAUUCUGAAGAGUUUUAUUAUGGGGGACAGGUGAACUAUGAUGGAGAGCUUCACAAGCACCCACAACUGGAAGCUGAUUUGAUAGCAGUGAGAGAGAUCUAUGGGCCUAAUGCAGUAUCUCUCAGGGAAUAUGGAGCCAUUGAUGAUGUAGACAUUGAUCUGCAUAUUGAUGUUAGCUUUCUUGAUGAAGAGAUUGCUGUGGCUUGGGAUGUAAUCCGCACAGAGCCUAUAAUAGUGCGAUUGCACUGUUCACUUACACAGUACUUAAAUGGUCCAGUGCCCACCGUGGAUGUAUUUCAGAUCUCUACGAAAGAAAGAUUUGGGUUGGGACAUCAGCUAAAAAAAAUCAUGCAGACAUUUGUUACACAGCAGUGGAAAAAUAGCAAAGAAAAAUCAAAUUGUACGCACAACAAGAAAGUGUCUGACAAAAAGGUGAAAUCCCCUCUGCAUAUCUUUUCUACAUUGCGCAGGUCGCCAAGUUAUCCUCCACCUGGCUGUGGUAAAAACAAAUCAAAACUGAAAUCGGAACAAGAUGGCAUCUCCAAAACUCACAAGCUGCUGAAAAGGACUUGUUCUAGCACAGUUAAGGCUGAAGAUGUGUGCACCACAAAGUCUCACAGAACCUUUGGCCGUUCAUUGUCUAGUGAUCCCAGGGCUGAGCAGACCAUGGCUAUUAAAUCGCACAAACUCUUGAAUCGUUCUUGCUCAACAGCUGUCAAGCAAGAAGAGUGUAUCACUCUAAAGCCUCAAAAACUCCUAAGCAGGCCAUGUUCUGGGGAUCCUCGAUGUGAGCACAAUAGCACCUUGAAACCCCAUAAACUUUUAAGCAGGUCUUACUCCAGUAAUCUUAGAAUGGAAGAAUUAGAUGGACUGAAGAAUCACAAGUUACUCAGCAAGUCUUACUCCAGUGCCCCUAAGUCAUCCAAAAUGGAGCUUUUCAAGGAACCCACGAUAGCAGAGGGCAGGAGGCUCUCUCUUACCUCAGGUCUUAUUGGUAUCUUAACUCCAUCUUCCUCAUCCCCUUCGCAAGCUGCUCCGAAUUAUGGUGCAAAAUGCAUUCCAAUACGAGACCAUGGCUUUCUUGUGCAGACUAUUGAGUUUGCUGAACAGCGGAUACCAGUGCUGAAUGAAUACUGUGUAGUGUGUGACGAACCUCAUGUAUUUCAGAAUGGCCCCAUGCUGAGGCCCACAGUAUGUGAACGGGAGUUAUGUGUUUUUGCUUUCCAAACUUUGGGAGUAAUGAAUGAAGCUGCAGAUGAAAUUGCCACUGGGGCUCAGGUGGUAGACUUAUUAGUAUCCAUGUGUCGAUCAGCAUUAGAAUCACCCAGGAAAGUUGUAAUUUUUGAGCCAUAUCCUUCUGUAGUUGAUCCUAAUGAUCCUCAGGUGCUGGCCUUUAAUCCAAGGAAGAAGAAUUAUGAUCGAGUCAUGAAAGCAUUGGAUAGUAUUACUUCUAUAAGAGAAAUGACACAGGCACCUUAUUUGGAAAUAAAGAAGCAGAUGGAUAAACAGGACCCGCUUGCACAUCCUCUUCUGCAGUGGGUUAUUUCUAGUAAUAGAUCACACAUUGUGAAACUACCAGUGAACAGACAAUUGAAAUUUAUGCACACUCCCCAUCAGUUCCUCCUUCUCAGCAGUCCACCAGCCAAAGAAUCCAAUUUCAGAGCUGCUAAAAAUCUCUAUGGAAGCACCUUUGCAUUUCAUGGUUCACACAUUGAAAACUGGCACUCCAUCCUGAGGAAUGGCUUAGUUGUUGCUUCGAAUACACGGCUACAGCUCCAUGGUGCAAUGUUUGGAAUUGGGAUCUACCUUAGUCCAUUGUCAAGCAUAUCAUUUGGUUACUCAGGGAUGAAUAAGAAGCAGCAGAAGGUGUCAGCCAAGGAUGAACCUGCUUCGAGCAGUAAAGGCAGUAAUGCAUUGCAGUCACAGAAAAAAGGACAGCAGUCCCAAUUUUUGCAAAGCCGUAAUUUAAAAUGCAUAGCCUUAUGUGAAGUGAUAACCUCACCUGAUCUGCACAAACAUGGGGAGAUAUGGGUAGUUCCCAACACUGAUCAUGUGUGUACAAGAUUCUUCUUUGUUUAUGAAGAUGGCCAAGUGGGUGAUACAAGUAUAAAUACACAAGAAGCAGGCAUUCACAAAGAGAUUCUUCGAGUCAUUGGUAAUCAAACUGCUACUGGUUAAAAGGACCACUCUUAUUUAAUUGAUGUGAUUUGGAAGCCUUCCUCAGUCUCAAAGCUGGAUUUUGAACUGAAGAAGAUGUGGAAAACGAAUUUAUUAUUGUUAUAAUUGUUAUUACUAAACAGUUUAACUCUUUGAAUACUUCCUUUUUUCUUACUUAGUAUUUCUUAUCUCAUUUAAAUACCUAAAAUGGUAUAAGUUAGCAAUUGUAGGGGUUCAAAGUCUAUUAAUAUAAUACAACUAAUAUAAUUUAAAGGGACAUUUGGGUUGCUCACAAUAAACAAUUUAAAAAGGAGUUUUGUGCUGAUAUUUUUAUAUUAAACUCUUUAAUUCUGCCAUUUUAGUACUGUAUACUGGUAUUUUAAAUUUAGAAUGACUGAAAUAUAAGCAAGAGAGAAGAUUUUAUAGUGGCGAACCUGCAUUAUACAGGACACUUUGCAAUAAGAGUACUCACAUAUUUUAAUACACUGUAAGUAUAAUUUCUGGAACAUGUCAAAUUAAAGAGUAUGGCUACUUACAGUAUUGUAGAUUCAUUUUAUUGUACACAAAUGCAACUAGAAUUUAGAAUCAAAAAACUUUAAAAAAACUUUAAAAUUUUUUGCUGUAUUCAGUUAUUGCCAAAAGUAUUAUAACUACAUUGAUGGUGUGUGACUAGUCAUCUUCCUUCACUCCAAAGAAACUAUACCAUCUAGUAAACAGUUCAGUUACAUUUUUUUAAAAAAAUGCAAGCCAAGUAAGCUGCCCAGAGUUCCAGGGGAUGAGAAGUGAAUUUGUAGUGAAACUAUUUGUAAAUCAGUUUUUACAAUGACCUAUCUCCGCAGUUCUGCAAGGUGCUUAUGUGUUUUCAGUGACAUUGCUCUUCUGAUUAAAGUUAGACAUGUGUUUAAGUACCUGGCUAAAGUUAGACAUGUGUUCAAGUACCUGGCUGAAUCAAGAUCUAUAUGUAUUUCAGCUGAUUGUCUAAUUAGAAAGAAUUAGCAAUAUCUUUCAUGUUAAUAAUUUUUCCUUAAGGAAACAAAGCAAGCCUGUUAAAUCUUUAUAAUUUAAGAAUUACAAUUGUUGAAAAUAGAAUGGUUACAGCCAUGUGAGCAUGUUGGCAGCACAGAAACCAUCCUAAAAGGUGCUAUUCACCUCCUUUGAAGUGCUCACUGCCCUCAGCUCUCACUGAAGUCAUAUUUCAUGAUCGUGCCUUUUCCUUUUGACAACAUGUCAAAUCCCAUCUCUGUACAUCUUCACUUACUCCCUUGCAGAGGGAGAACAUGGGCACAAACAUUUAUCUUAGAAGAUUGCACCUUGAGUCCUCCAGAUGUGGCCUGUACUGUUAUUAACAUGAUAUUUAUUAGGAAGACCUUACUAAUAGCAGCACAAUGUGGAUUUUUUUUUAAACAGAGCAUAAGUUGUCUGGACAAUUGCAUAAUGUACAGAGAUAUUAGGACUUAGAGAUUUAUUGUUGAAAGACUUACGUUAUUCAAGUUAUUAUGCUUCUUGCCCCACCACCCAUUUUCCUGCAUCACAAAAUAAUUCUCACCCAAAAGGAUAAAAUUGAAGUGCUCUCUAGAAUUCUCUAAUGGGCCUCUUUGAAACCAGGCCAUCUCUGGAGACACUCCUAAUAUCCUGAGCGUAGCUUAACAUCUUGCACAUUUGAUGAUUCCUGGAAUUGAUCCAUCUAACUGGAACAGUUAGAGAGUGUCAAAGGUCUGACUGCACAAGUGCAAGCUAACUCAGAACUGAAGCUGAAAAUCGGGAAUGACCAUCCAUCCUUAGUUCAUCCUGAUAAAGACAUACAGCUAACCUAGGAGGAGGCAGAGCUCAAGUGUGUGCUGAAACAGAACAUAUGAUGAAAUACUGUACAUUGAAAAAGUGAGGGAAAAAAGUGAGUGGGCAAUUCAGCAGGGAACAAAUCUACAGGGGGGUCCUGCAAUGGUUAAAUGGAAUUGUGGCUCUCCUCAAAUAUGAGAUAUGCCACAAGUGGGUAGUGCCAAGAGGAGGUUGGAGACACCCUAAGUGACAUUGUUUAAUCCCCCCAACUGUAACAGAUUCACAGCCUAAAUCCUGGCAAAGCAUUAAUCACUUGAGACCUCACAUCUCCCUCUGUGAAGGCACAGAGUAUAGAUAGUCUCAGAGUGGUAGCUGUGUUAAUCUGUAACUUUAAAAACAACAAGUAGUCUUGUGGCACCUUAGAGACUAACAAAUAUAAAGUA